AUAAAAGAAAAAAAAGUUUGCCCAUUUCUUCCCUUCUAACUAAAUCACAUCGAGUAGAUUCUGGAAUUUGGAAAAGAAAAACAACCCAUUCUCUCUCGUAGAAAUCGUUAUUACCAAUUUCUUCUUUGUUGUCCUCAAUUGAAUAUCUUUUCCUCAGCGAACAACCUCUCAAGUGCUUUCUGAAUUUACGAUGUCAUCUCCUGCUGAGUUCUAUAAAUCACUUCCGCCUAUUAGCAAGGCUUACGGAACUGCUUGUCUGUUGUUUACAGCUGCAUCUCAGUUGGGAUUGUGCCGUCCGGAUGAUAUUGCAUUAUUAUAUGAGCUAGUAUUCUCUAAGUAUCAGGUAUGGAGAUUGAUUGCAAAUUUCUUCUUUCUUGGGAAGUUCUCAAUUAAUUUUGGGAUUCGCCUCUUAAUGAUAGCAAGAUAUGGAGUGCAACUGGAGAGUGGACCUUUUCAAAGACGAACAGCAGAUUUUCUGUGGAUGAUGAUAUUUGGAGCUUUGACAUUGUUGGCUUUAUCUGCAAUCCCAUUCUUCUGGUCCCCGUUCUUGGGUAUCUCACUGGUUUUCAUGCUUCUGUAUGUCUGGAGUAGAGAAUUCCCAACUGCUAAUAUCAACAUUUAUGGUCUUGUGACCUUAAAGGCAUUUUACUUGCCUUGGGCCAUGCUGGGUUUAGAUGUUAUUUUUGGUUCACCAAUUUUGCCAGAUCUCUUGGGGAUCAUUGCUGGACAUCUCUAUUACUUCUUAACCGUGUUGCAUCCACUUGCCACUGGGAAGAACUUGCUGAAGACACCAAUGUGGGUACAUAAACUGGUUAUGCGUUGGAGGAUUGGUGCACCAGCUGCUACUCCUGCACAACCUGAUAAUUCUGGUGCAACUUUCAGAGGGAGAUCUUAUAGGGUUGGUGGAGCAACAGCUUAUCCUGCACAACCUGAUAGGGGUUCUGGUGUAGCAACAACGAACCCUGUGCAACCUGAUAACGGUUCUGGUGUAGCAUUCAGAGGGAGAUCAUAUCGUCUUGGUGGGUGAAUUACUACAUUUUCCACUCCCAACCAGUAUCCUAAGUCGACAGUGAAUUGUUAACGCAAGGCAAGGGAGUCUUUUGUUUUUGUUUUUAACUAUAAAAUGUUGACAGGUGUAAUUCUGCCGAUGGCAGGUUGAAACGUAGAUGAAUGCAUAACCAUCAGUAAUCAACCCCCUCCCUGAAGAAAAACUAAUUGUGUAGAUUCGUUUCUUUCUAAAUUUUCCUGGUAGAAGAUUUUACGGGAUAAUUGAAAACAGAUUAUGUCAAUCCGUUGGAAAAGCAAGGAUGAUGGGUGAAAUUUUUUCUUUUA